CAUCAGUCGCUCACUGGUCCGCGUGAAGGGAGGGCGCACCUCUUCGCGUCGCUUCUAAACUAUUAUCAGAAAACAAACGUUAAUAGUUUAAUCCAUUAUUUGUUGAACAAGCAACGGUGCAAACUAUACAAGUAUUUGUGUCAUUAAACCGUGUAACUUUAACAUCAGUGUGUGUUCCAAUAUUUAUCACGAGGAUUUCGUUUAUAUACAUGGUAUUGAGGAAUCAUGCGAUCAACAUUAUCGGCGCAGCGCUCAUCUGAAAACUAGUGACGUCAUAAAGCCUUGACGUUGAGAUACAAAUCCUCUUUCCAAUCGAGUUUAUCAGUGGCGCAAGUCGAGUAUCGACAGUGCGAUCGCAAGUGCGCAUCACUACAAGUUCCGAAUUCGAAUUCCGUGCCGCGUUUAAGCGGUGGUAACAGUUAAGUAGGACUCGCGUGUGAAGUGGACGUUAGAGAAUAGUAAUGGCGAGCACCGGCAGUGAAAUUUGGCUGCAAUGGUUCGCGUGCUGCUACCAGCCAGCCGCGCAGGCGCAGCGCACGCGGCGGAGAAUAGACAGAUCCAUGAUCGGAGCGCCGACCAACUUUCAACAUACAGGACACAUAGGUUCGACAGACGUGGACAUCCCGUCGUCACUGUUACACACGAUGCAGAACCAAAUGCAGAGCAAGGGUGGCUACGAGAUGGCGUAUGGUGUUAAGGUUUAUUGAUGCGCGCAGGCCGCUCCCAAGGACGCUAGUGAUAUAACUAAGUGAUCGAAUAAAGUGUGAACAUGAUCUAAACUUUAUUUAUUAAUGCCUAAGUUAAGUGUAAACUUUAAGUUUUGUUGUGUACAUAAGAAAGUAAACCGAAUUCAGAAUAUUAGCGAGUUACCCAAAAUUUAUGUUAGUGUUGUAUUGCUUUCUCGUAAACGUAACUUGUAACUGUUGUUCCUUUUUUCUCCUUUUAUUUUUAAGGACUUGUCAAUUCAUAUGUGGUGAUGAAGAAUAUGUACAUAGCUAUUAAAAACUUGUGACGACGGGAAAUAUGCAACUUCGAUCGCCCUAACAUGGACAUAGCAAUGUAUUAGAAACUAUUUACUCCAUCUUUGUACGUCUUUGGAAUAUGUAGAUGCUGGCUAGUGUAUCUGUGACAUCUGCCUACCAAGUUCGCGAAAUCAAGACGAAUAAAUUCAGACUGUAACUGUACUUACGUAAUAAAGUGUCUUGUGUAUUGUGACUUAUAGAAUUAUAUUUAUACAUAUUAAUACGUAAAUACAUUACGUGCUUACUUAGUCAAAAUAUAUACCUACAAUGUUGAAAUAGACGAAUUGGAAUUAUUGAAUCAUCAAAUUGGAGGCGUUGACACGUUAGUGUGUCUACUUGUGUAAAAAAAAUAAUUUGACGUGUCAGAGAAUUGAAAGAAGGUUAUUGAAAUCAAGCACAGCUAUGGUCAUUAAAAAUGACGUGCAAGAAAGCUAGAGCAAACUAACCGAUUGGUCUAGUCGGAGGGGGAGUGUCUUACUGGUAGGUACAAAAUACACAGCUUCGAAAUGACGAUUCAAUAGUUAGUAUAGUUGUAUUCAUACAUAAUAUUGUAACUAUUAUAACCAAAUAAUUUUGACUUAACUACAUAUAUUCUUUCUCAACAAUACUUCCUAUUCUAAAAAAUGGCAUGUCUGUUAGUUCAACGAAAGUACCGAUUUCAGAAAUAAAUUGGUACAUUGCCUUCAAAUUCGCAAUAAAUAUAUGUAUUAAGAUAAGUGUUUCUUUUUUGUAGUAGUAUAAAUGUUGUGAAGAGACUAUUUCUUAUACACUUAAGAAGAUUCGAAUAUUAUCAUAAUUUUCAGAUUGUCUUAUGAUUUCAGAUCAUGACUUUAAUGUCUUCUAAUUUCACCUACUUGAAACUGUCUAGACUUUUUGCUUGCAUUUUACUUUAUUCAGCUCAAUUAUUUACCGAUUAAGAAUUCUUGCAUUUUUACUUUUUUGUUGCCAGUAAAGAUUUCAAAUCUUUUAUUUUCAAUUUUCAAAAUAUAUUUUGCCUUUUACACCUUGAAAUGGUUUAAAAGCACUUGUUGACGAGUUAUGUAAAAGUCUUUGUGCAUAUAUUAGAAUAUUAGUUGGUACCUACAUAUUUAUUAUGUACACUAGUAUGUAUUAUAAGUACUGUCGUGCUUAGAAAAAGGAACGGAUGGCGUAACGAUUGUGCUUGAAGAAGGGGAUACCUAUUUUUCAUAUUCAUUUCCGUGUAAUUUAAAACUUGCCUGGAUUUAUAUCAAAUCUAUUGUUUUUAUUAGACCUGUAAGCAAUAAUUUCCUAAAAUAAAAUGUACAACUCGUACCUACCUUUACGCCUAUUAAUUUGUCUAACGUAUUUUUAUAAGCACGGCAGUCUUACUCAAUCGAUGUGUUGUUUUGAAACGUCUCAUGAUUAAGUAUAUAGGUCUAAUUUAUAUAUAAUAAAUACUUUUUCUAAUCAUUAGCAGUUAUUAUAUAUAAUAGGUUUAAAACUCAAUUUGUCGUCCUUUAAGUAAAGUCUUCUUGCCCGAAUGGUUUUGGGCAACUGAAUGACUGAAACAUUGUUCUUCUGGAGACUGAAACAGAAUAUAUUUACAUACAAACAUAUUUACUUAGAACCCGUGUAAUAGCCAAAAAAGGGUGACGACAGUGUGUUAUUAAAAAAAAAUAUGACGUAAAGCUCAUACGUUCAGAAUUUAUAACACACUGUCUCACUCUGAAUAAAAUAAUAAUUUUGUCAUUUUUUAGUUAAAACGACAAAGUUCUAUUAAAUUACAUUGGUAGUAGUUAUACAUAUGUAGGUAUAUUAAAUAAUUUGUAAUGUCCAUUUAAUAACUUGUUCUAUAUAAAAGAGUUACAAAAGUG